AUAUCGUAAAUACUAUUCAUAUGCAGUAUACUUGUGAUAUUUGGUAUUGAAAAGUGUUUGGAUAUGUCUAUAACUCGUUCUGAAGUUUUGCGACUGUAUAAGAACUUAGUUUUGUAUUCUAAAUCUCUAACACUUACGGACCCCGUUUACUUUAAGAAAAGAAUAACUUCAGAAUUUAAACGCAACAAAUCACUGACGGAUCCUAAAGACAUAUCAUUUGCAUAUGAGAAAGGAGCUGCAUUGCUAUGCAAAGGAUCAGUAGUUUAAAAUGUUAAGGCCAAAUCUACUUUUCAACACCUCCCGACUAAUUGGGCCUGUAAUAAAUGCUUUCAAGCAUACUAUAGAUUACUCUAAGGUGCCAAAAUUAA